UCUUGCUGCUAAAGGUGUAGAGGGCUGUGUGCACCCUGAGUAACAGCUGGGCAAAUCCAGUCCACAGGCUAGAUCAAAAUGACUCCAUCUGAGGAAACGGAUGAUCAUCUGCCACUGUCAGUUGCGAAGAUUUUCGUCUGUUUCAUCCUGAGUCUUUCCUUUGUCCUUGGAAUCCCUGGGAAUUCUUUGGUCAUCUGGACCAUUUGUACACAAAUGAAGAAGAAGCCUCCAACAGCUGUGCUCAUCCUACAUCUGGCUGUGGCUGAUCUCCUGGUCCUUCUGACCCUGCCAAUCUGGAUCUAUUCUUUAGCCAACCAGUGGCUCUUUGGUGUCAGCGCCUGCAAAGGACUUGUAUUUGUUAUUUACUGUAGCAUGUAUGCCAGCAUCUUCCUCAUCACGUGCCUCAGUCUUGAGCGGUUUCUGGCCGUCAUUCAUCCCUUUGCUCUUCAACGAUGGAAGAAGACUACGGUCAUCUACCUGGUGAUUAUCAUUAUCUGGUUGUUCUCCAUUGUUCUUGGAUCAACUGUCAUCCCAUUUCAGACCACUGAUGAAACUCAUGCAGGCCUCCAGUGUGCCGCUCGUGAGUAUGCAACUGUCUCCCAGGAGGUCAUCCAUCUCUUGUCAGAGACCAUUUUGGGCUUCAUAGUUCCCUUUACCAUCAUCUCCAUCUGCUACAUCUAUGUGGGCAAAAGAAUUGGGGUCAUGGCUUGUCCAUCAAAGCGACGUUCUGCCAGGUUGAUUACAUCAGUGGUAGUGAUUUUUUGUCUGUGUUGGUUCCCCCACCACUUCAUUAACCUCAUAACAGUCAUUUCAGUUCUGAUGCAGGAUUCAAUUCCAGAGACAGCUAAAGCCUUGGAGAACAUUUCAAAUGCAGGAGUGUGGAUUGCAGGUGCAAUUAUUUUUAUUAGCAGCUGCAUAAACCCUCUCCUCUAUGCUUUUGCUGCUAGGAAUAUUCGAAGCAGUGCGAGGUUUACAAAGUUGUCCAAACUGUUUGAACAAGUGAGUCCUUCAGAGAGGCAGGAAUCUACCCAGGAAACAACUUCCCCCAAUGAAAAAGAGGAAACUUUGACAAGCACGGAGGUCAUCUAGUGUGGACAAUGGGAAAAAUUACAGCCCUUUUCCCCUCAUUCAUGCAAAUUAAUGGAUAAUCUUUGGCGAAAGGAGUGAAAGUAGUCGCAACCAGGAAAACAUGGACCGCUUUGUCUCACCUGUUUCUAUGGUUUACCAUGGGGCUCAUAGAAAGUGAAACUGUUUUUGACUUUUAGGAAACUCCAAUGAGCCAUGUCCAGGAUCUUCUCAAACUGUUCUGGCCUGCAGAGCUGUCUCUCCUACCUGCCCUUCUCACAGCUUGCUCCAUGCUGUCCAUGCUCUGUGCAAAUACAUCAGUGAACAAUUAAAAUUCCUUUCCAGAGUUGCAUAGCUUUUCAUCCAUUGGAGGAAGAGUAAAUCCAUAGCUUGAUGUAUCAAACCUCACUUAGUUUAUGAUAGCUGUGCUAUAAAUGUUUUCUCCGUGGCAACAAGUCUCCUCUAAGUUUCUUUUGGAACCUUAGUAGAUGCUUAACUCUUCCCUUAGGCAUUGGGAUUUUACCAGGAACUCAUAGUUUUAUUUGUGGUGGUGAUUUGUUUGGACUGGAUUGUUUUGGGGAGGGAGGGCUUUUUUUUUGUAAUU